CCUGUAAUCCUGCGUGCACGUGUGGCAGCAGUGGAAGAGGAGCACGAGCUGCCGCUGAUGAAUCUCCAUUCCAAUCCUUGUUGACCCUACAUGGUUGCACGUCUCCAACGUAGAACACCGGUGCCCCACCAACCCAUCAUAUCAGUCGCAUCAAACCCCACUGCGGUUCAUCUUCUUCCUCGCACCGUCUCUCGAGUGCUGUCAUGAGAAUCCAGCCCAACACUGUAAGACUAAGACCUUUCCGCCAUCUCCGCUUGAGCUUCCCCUCCCUGAUUACGAUGUCUCACGCCAAAUGUUUGCCCUCUCACCUCCUGCUUCUGACCCUGCUCCCCCUUCUCUUCUCGUCUUUGGCAUGCAUCUCUGCGUUCAGCAACACGAAAGGGAACGAACCGAGGGCCAAUGACCCGAUGCUGGAGUCCAUCACCAUGGACCCCGUUGAGAGGGACACCCUGUUCCGUGUGAUGAAGAACAUGUCCUCUGACAGGGACUGGAGGUCCUCCAACCCUGAUCCCUGCAAGCCGGACUCCUCAUGGCCUGGGAUUGAAUGCAAGCCAGGCUUGGACAACCUGCUCCAUGUCACAAGGCUGGACUUCGGCGCUGCGCCCAACCCGACCUGCAAGGAGAGCGCCACCUUCCCGUCCGAGAUCUUUGAACUCCCUUACCUCGCGUCCAUCUUCUUCUUGGACUGCUUCAAGGGUGUGGAGACCAGCCUCUCCCUUCCGCCGCCCACUCGUAAAGCACCACCACCAGCAUAUGCUUCACUCCAGCAGCUCAGUCUGAUAUCAAACCCAUCCUUCGUAGGUGCUAUUCCAUCCCACAUCUUCUCCCUCACCUCCCUUCGGGUCCUCACUCUCUCGCAAAACCGACUGCAUGGUACAAUCCCUGACAGCAUCUCUGAGCUAAACUCUCUCGUCCAUCUCGACCUCAGCUACAACUCCCUCACAGGCGGCAUCCCGAGCCAGAUAGGUAGGCUUAAGGACCUGGUAGGCCUUGACCUAAGCUAUAAUUCCCUCACUGGAUCCAUCCCACCAUCCAUUGGCCAGCUGCGCCUGCUUCAAAAGCUUGACCUGAGCUCAAAUUCAAUCGCUGGAAUCGUACCUGAUAGCCUCCAGAACCUCCGCUUCCUUGAUUUCUUUGCCCUCAGCAACAACAACCUCAGUGGGGAGUUCCCAAAAGGCAUAGCCAAGCUCCAGAACCUCCAGUACUUCAUAAUGGACGACAACCCAAUGUUCGUAAAGUUGCCGUGGCAGCUGGGGAGGUUGGCCAAGCUUCAAGAGCUUCGCCUAUCUAAUUCGGGUUACUCCGGCGUGAUACCAGGGAGCUUUGCUUGGCUACGAAAUCUCACCACUCUGUCCCUCGAGAACAACAGGCUCACAGGUGGGAUUCCAGCGGGGUUGAGUGACCUUGGGAAGCUGUAUCACCUUAAUUUGAGCAGUAAUCUAUUGAGCGGCGUCGUUCCCUUUGACGCUGGCUUCUUUAAGAGGCUUGGAAGUAACAUGGACUUGAGGGAGAACUCAGGACUCUGCAUCAAUGGGUCUCAGAGCCUCGACGGCAUUAACGUUGGGGUUGAUGUAUGCAGAGAUAACGGGAGUGACUCUUCGCUUCCUAAGUCAGUGGACAAAUCAGGUGGAGCUCCAUUUCAGGUCUGCAACUUCUACUUUCAGCUAAUGGGGACUGUAAUUAUCUGGAGUUGGUAACAUUUGCUUCUGUUCUUUCUUCUUUGACUUCCUCCUUAUUCCCUCAUCUCAAGUGAUAGUUUUACCUCCUCCCUCUUCUAUCAAUCUCUCUUUUGACUCUUCUUUUGGAGUUUGUAUGUUGUAGUCGUAAAAUGAAAAGUUGGAUGGAUUGA